AUGCCUGGCCGAACACUUCCCACCUUCACGCGCAGCGAAGUCGAGUCGCACAACACCGAGAAAUCGUGCUAUGUGACCAUCAAGACCAAGGUGUUCGAUGUGACCGAUUUUCUCAACGACCAUCCAGGUGGCGGCGACUUGAUCAUGGACUAUGCGGGCAAGGACGUUGAAGAGAUUCUCCAGGACGGCGAUUCGCAUCCCCAUUCUGAAGCCGCCUACGAAAUCCUCGAUGACUCGCUCGUAGGAUACGUCUUGCCCGGGAAGGCCGUGGGCGUGUCUGCCUCGGCCCAGGCAGAGUCGCUGCAGAAUGGCACCACUGAAGGUCAUGGAGCCACAGAGACCAGCACAUUCGUCCACCCACGGACUGGAAUGUCUCGCGAAGAGGACCUGAGCAAAGAUACGGACGCUUCGUCAGACUACAAGAAGCACAAGUUCCUGGACCUGGAACGACCGCUUCUGAUGCAGCUUUGGAACAGCGGCUUCAGCAAGGAAUUUUAUCUUGAUCAAGUCCACCGCCCUCGCCACUACAAAGGCGGCAAGUCAGCACCUUUGUUCGGAAACUUCCUGGAACCCCUAUCCUUGACACCAUGGUGGGUCGUACCCAGCAUCUGGGUGCCGGCUGUCAUUUACGUCACGUCUGUUGCGAGCCAGGGACUCGGUCCUGUGGCUACUGCCGGUUAUUGGGUAUUUGGGGUGUGCUUCUGGACCUUGAUAGAAUACGCCAUGCACCGCUUCCUCUUCCACAUUGACGGAUAUCUCCCUGACAACCGCGUCGGUAUCACCCUGCACUUCCUGCUCCAUGGCAUCCACCACUACCUGCCCAUGGACAAGUACCGCCUCGUCAUGCCGCCGACUCUGUUUGUCGCCCUCGCCGCGCCGUUCUGGAAGUUUGCGCAAUCCGUCAUCUUCUGGAACUGGUACGGCGCUACCGCUGCCUACGCUGGUGGCGUCUUUGGCUAUGUUCUUUACGACAUGACUCACUACUUCCUGCACCACCAGAACCUUCCUCUGUGGUACAAACAACUCAAGAAGUACCAUCUCCAGCACCACUUCCUUGACUACGAGCUGGGCUUUGGCGUCACCAGUAAGUUCUGGGACGACAUCUUUGGUACCACGCUCCGCCCUGUCGUUAAGACCAACUAG